UUUAUUUUAUAAUAUAAGAAUUUAUGUACGGUUAAAUGAUACGUUAUUGAGAUGGAAUACUUCUCUGUUAACAAAAAUAAUGUUAAUGCAUCACAAAAAUCAUCAUCAAGAAUUGGUUUAUUUUUAAUUGCAGCUACAGGUGGAAUUGCAACUGCAAUUAGUAUUAUAUGUUUUCCAUUUAUAAGUCCUGCAUUUCGGAAGAUAUGUUUACCAUAUGUACCAGCUACAAAUCAACAGAUAAAAAAUGUUAUUCAAGCGUUAAAUGGCCGUUCUGGUACUUUAAUUGAUCUUGGUAGUGGAGAUGGACGUAUUGUUUUUGCCACAGCAAAGCUUGGCUUUAAAGCUCAUGGCAUUGAAUUAAAUACCUGGCUAGUAUGGUAUUCAAGAUUUAAAGCAUUGAUAAAUGGUUUGUCACAGAAUACUGCUUUUUUUAAACAGGAUCUAUGGAAAUAUAAUUUGAAGAAAUAUGACAACAUUAUUAUAUUUGGUGUUGAGCAAAUGAUGGAAGAUCUUGAAAGAAAGUUUAAUAGUGAAUUGUGCAAGGAUUCCUUUGUAAUUGCAUGUAGAUUUCCUCUUCCUAAUACACAUCCUUUUAUGACAAUUGGACAUGGAGUUGAUACUGUUUGGGUUUACAGUAUAUCUCAGAAACAACUUUGAGGAGGAAAUUUCUCUUACCAUGAUACUUGUACACGGCUAUAAGACGAUAAGCAGUGUACAGGCAUAAGCCGCUCAUCAUUAGAAUAAUGAUGAUUCCAGGAAAGAAUCCAGCCAUUGCGAUUCCC